AUCUACAAAUCCACAAAGUCUGCCCAACCGACAUUGCAAAUUUUAUCGUGUCCCAGAAGAAUCUUGCAAUUCCCCGCUGUUCGAAGGAUCCGACCGGGGAGUUAAUCUUUGGGGACUUAGGCUCACCACUAUGCCUAAAAUUGAAGUGCCUACACUUGGACACAAAUGUCCAUUCCAUCCAUUUUUCUACCUUCAAAAUGGGAAUAUUAACGGCCUACGUAUCACAGGUCUACAAAUAUCUAAAAAUAUCUACAAAUCCACAAAGUCUGCCCAACCGACAUUGCAAAUUUUAUCGUGUCCCAGAAGAAUCUUGCAAUUCCCCGCUGUUCGAAGGAUCCGACCGGAGAGUUAAUCUUUGGGGACUUAGGCUCACCACUAUGCCUAAAACUGAAGUGCCUACACUUGGACACAAAUGUCCAUUCCAUCCAUUUUUCUACCUUCAAAAUGGGAAUAUUAACGGCCUACGUAUCACUACGUAUCAAAAAUAUCUACAAAUCCACAAAGUCUUCCCAACCGACAUUGCAAAUUUUAUCGUGUCCCAGAAGAAUCUUGCAAUUCCCCGCUGUUCGAAGGAUCCGACCGGAGAGUUAAUCUUUGGGGACUUAGGCUCACCACUAUGCCUAAAAUUGAAGUGCCUACACUUGGACACAAAUGUCCAUUCCAUCCAUUUUACUACCUUCAAAAUGGGAAUAUUAACGGCCUACGUAUUACAGGUCUACAAAUAUCUAAAAAUAUCUACAAAUCCACAAAGUCUGCCCAACCGACAUUGCAAAUUUUAUCGUGUCCCAGAAGAAUCUUGCAAUUCCCCGCUGUUCGAAGGAUCCGACCGGGGAGUUAAUCUUUGGGGACUUAGGCUCACCAAUAUGCCUGAAAUUGAAGUGCCUACACUUGGACACAAAUGUCCAUUCCAUCCAUUUUUCUACCUUCAAAAUGGGAAUAUUAACGGCCUACGUAUCACAGGUCUACAAAUAUCUAAAAAUAUCUACAAAUCCACAAAGUCUGCCCAACCGACAUUGCAAAUUUUAUCGUGUCCCAGAAGAAUCUUGCAAUUCCCCGCUGUUCGAAGGAUCCGACCGGAGAGUUAAUCACCACUAUGCCUAAAAUUGAAGUGCCUACACUUGGACACAAAUGUCCAUUCCAUCCAUUUUUCUACCUUCAAAAUGGGAAUAUUAACGGCCUACGUAUCACUACGUAUCAAAAAUAUCUACAAAUCCACAAAGUCUUCCCAACCGACAUUGCAAAUUUUAUCGUGUCCCAGAAGAAUCUUGCAAUUCCCCGCUGUUCGAAGGAUCCGACCGGAGAGUUAAUCACCACUAUGCCUAAAAUUGAAGUGCCUACACUUGGACACAAAUGUCCAUUCCAUCCAUUUUUCAA